CAUUGUGGUUGCGCUACAAACAUAUUCUCGACGAUAAAAGUGUUCAAAUAGCGAACAUUUUGAUUAUUUUCCCUCUGAUAGCAUCAUCUUCUAUAUAUAAGCAAAUAUUAAGACGAGUGCCUACUUCGCUCCCGUGGUUUGUUUUACAUUUUGAAGAAUCAACUUUAUUUGUUCCGUAUCGAUCUAGUGCUCAGUGGGAGGCAAAAAGACGUGAGACGUCGCAGAUUGGCAAAUAUUUUUAUCAGUAGGUGUAAAUAACGUAAAUAACUGCAACUCAGCGAAGCCGCCAAGUGCACACGCCCUCUGUUUAUUAUUGCUCCCUAUCAAAUUGAAACUCUUUGCACAAACAUAAAUCAUGAGUAGUAGUAUCAGUGUCCAGCCAUCAUAUGGGGAGCCCGAACCAAAUUCAAAGAGUUCGUACGUGAGUGAAGGAAGUAAGGUCGAAACAGUGACAGUGAAGACAAUGGACGGAUCACAUCACUCCGUGGCUCAGGCGGUAACCCUAACAGUAGAUGGAUUCGGUACGGUGAAAGAUCCACUCAGUGGAGAGGUUCAACCGGUGAAACGGUUCACCUGGACGAACGAUAAUGGUAUUUCGGUGCAGGUGAUUUCCUAUGGAGCGAUCAUCACUUCGCUCAAGGUUCCUGGAAAGGACGGCGCCAUCGAAGAUGUGGUGCUAGGUUUCGACAACAUUCCCGGCUACCAGGGAGCAAACAAUCCGUACUUCGGCGCCACCGUUGGUCGAGUGGCCAACCGCAUCGGAGGAGGGCGGUUCACAAUCGAGGGAGUCGAUUACGAGGUUACGAAGAAUUUUGACGGUCGUCAUCAGCUGCAUGGUGGAAAAAUCGGAUUCGACAAAUUCAACUGGUCGUCGCAUGUGGAAGGAACGGUCGUCACCUUGAGCCACACCAACAUGGACGGACACGAAGGGUACCCGGGAACGGUGCUGGCGUCGGUGACGUACGAGUUGAAAAACGACAACCGAUUUGUAUGCAAAUUCCAAGCGGUUUCCAGCAAACCUACCCCAAUCAAUCUGACGAACCAUUCCUAUUUCAAUCUGGCUGGCCAUAGUACAGGUCACGAGGAAAUCUACCGACAUAUAAUUUCACUCAACGCCGACCGUAUUACGGAAACGGACGAGGACUCAAUUCCGACGGGCAAGUUAUUGUGCGUUGGCUCAACGCCAUACGAUCUACGAAUUCCUCGAGAGCUUGGUCCGGCCAUGUCACGUACCCCUGGUGAAGGUUACGAUGACAACUUUUGCAUCACCAAGGGUACCGACCAAGGUUUAACCUUCACUGCACGAGUGGUUCAUCCCCAUUCUGGACGCGUGCUUGAAGUUUACACAGAUCAACCGGGCGUGCAGCUGUACACCAGUAACUUUAUGCCGGAUCCGAAUCGCAAUAUUCGUCCAAAACCGGUCAACGCUGCCGACUACUACGAAGUGACCCAUCUGGAACCUGUUGUGCCCUCAUUGGCAACCGAUCUCCCAAUUCGUGGAAAGGGCGGUGCAAAAUACUUCAAACAUGGAGCAUUUUGUCUGGAGACACAGAACUUCCCCGAUGCCGUCAAUCAUUCAAAUUUUCCUAACUCGGUUCUAGUUCCGGGAGAAACCUAUUCACACGAAGUAAUUUAUAAAUUUUCGUUGUUUGAAGACAACUGAUUUCCGAAUAAUAAAUUAUACAAUUUAUCUACAGUAAACAA